AUUCUGAUUUUCAUAUUUGUGCUUAAAGAAUUUAAUUUCUUUGAAAAUGAAGUGUGCCCCAUGCCCAAUAAAGUGGAAGUGCAACCCCUCUUCGGUUCGGGUAUAGUCCUUUAUAUUAUAGACCAUGAGCAUGAACAUGUUUCAAGUCACAAACCAACAUGGAACUGAUGUAUGCAGUUUUGUUUUGCAUUUCUUUCCUCUUCCUCUGGCGGAUUUUCCUCCGCCGCUCCCCCUCUGCCCGAACACUUCCUCCAGGACCUACCAGUCUCCCCAUCAUUGGCUCCCUCCAUCGUCUAGGCCCUUAUCCCAACCACUCCCUCUACGAGCUCGCCAAAAUCUACGGCCCUCUCAUGACCCUCCGCCUCGGCUUCGUCACUACCGUCAUCGCCUCCUCCCCCGAGACCGCUAAGCAAAUCCUCCAAAUUCACGACCAGUCCUUCUCCGAACGUACCAUUCCUGAAGUCGUCGCCUCCCAACCGGAUCCAGAUGCCACUUUAGCCUGGGCCAUCGGUGAUCAAAGGUGGAGGAACCGCCGUAGAGUCUGUACCACACAGCUCUUCACCGUCCAGAGGCUCAACUCCUUCCAACACCUCCGCCAAGAAAAGGUAGAACAGCUUAUCAAACACAUCAAGAAACAUCAGAUUUCAGGGUCCCAGAUAAACAUAGGAGAGGUCGUGUUCGCUACAACGUUGAACUUGAUAUCCAGCACAAUCUUUUCCAUCGAUAUUGUUGACCCAGAAUUCAACACAGCUCAAGAAUUCAAAGAUUUGGUGUGGAGAAUAAUGGAGGAUGCCGGGAAAGUUAAUCUAUCUGAUUAUUUUCCCGUACUGAAGAGGUUCGAUUUACAGGGGCUGAAGAAGCAUAUAAGGCCCUCCUACAAGAGAUUGCAUGAGAUAUUUGACGAGAUGAUCGAGAAAAGAAUGGCGAAAAGAGCAUCCGAUCCGAUGACCAGAAGUGGGGAUUUCUUGGAUGUUCUUCUUGAUCAGUGUGAAGAAGAUGGGUCGGAUUUCACCCGCCAAAACAUGAAGCCUUUGAUUCUGGACUUGUUUAUAGCUGGAAGUGAUACAACUGCAAUAACAACGGAAUGGGCAAUGGCAGAACUUCUCGGGAAUCCCGAGAUCAUGCAGAAGGCAAGGGAAGAACUCAGGGAAGUCAUUGGCAGAGAGCGGGCAGUGAGAGAAUCCGACAUCGAUCAGCUUCCAUAUCUUCAAGCUGUGGUCAAAGAAACCCUGAGGUUGCAUCCGGCAGUUCCACUUCUCUUGCCGUACAAAGCAACAAAUGACGUUGAAGUUUGUGGCUACACCAUUCAGAAGGGCACACAGGUCCUGGUGAAUGCAUGGGGUAUGGCUCGGGACCCAAACUACUGGAAGGAACCCCUGGCAUUCCGCCCUGAGAGGUUCCUGAACUCCAACGUGGAUUACAGAGGUCGGGAUUUUGAGUACCUACCGUUUGGUGCUGGUCGGAGGAUCUGUCCCGGACUACCUCUAGGCAUUCGCAUGAUUCACCUGAUGUUGGGUUCCCUCAUCCAUUCGUUUGAAUGGAGACUUCCUCCUGGUGAGGAGUUGGACAUGAAAGAUCAGUUUGGAGUCACUUUGAAGAAAGCUAAAUCCCUUUGUGCUAUUCCCAUUUAGGAAAAGCAUACAUAAAGAGGAGGACAUAAAAUGAUUUGAUUACCGACGCUGACGGUAAUUCAUAGAGUAAUCUUCGCGUUGUUAUGUAACUCUAUUAAUACUCCUAUGAUUAUAUUAAUAUUUAGAGAUUUUAAGUUUCCAAUUGUCUUAUUUGUUAAGAAUACUAAAGUCUUAUAUAUGUU